UGAUUCGGUCAUUAUGAGCCGGCAGCUGGCUGGAACUCCAACUUUCUAAAAUGGUAUAGUAUCCGUGGUACCAAACAGCGCAUCUGAAAACGUAGUCGGCAGGUGACCUGCUUGAGUGGAGCGGAGAUGGGGGUUGGGUCAAGUGAUGUACCCCAGUAAACCAUGGGACCCACUCCAAGCCAACGACGUCAAGCCUCAUAAUGCGACCGUGGAGCAGUGGAGUCAAACGUUCUUGCGCCAACACUGAGUAAGUACAUAAGGACAGUUGGAACGAACAGCUUCCAACCAUCUACUACUACUACGUACUACUACUACAAGUACUUUGCACCCCCAAAGACAAAGAGAAAAACAACAACAACAUGGUAAAUCUUGUCACUCUUUUUUUUCCUCCAGAAAUACGAAAUACUCAUGAACAAAACGCGCUGGUUAAUGUUGGGGGUCGAAUCUUAGGGAUCUGUCGUCUCUGCCAUAGGAGGUGCUAUCGAAUCGGUCAUCAGUGCCAUCGCGAACGUCAUCCUGUCCAUCGUUGGAGGAAUCACAUGGGUACGUUCGACCUUCCUUUGCUCUCUUCUCUCCCCCCCCACUUCCCUUCCUUACUCGACGCGCUGACUGAAAUGAUAUCAUCUAUAACUCCAAUCAGAUCCUCGUAUCCAUCUGGGACUUCAUCAUCGAUAUCAUCUGCUGCCGAUGUUGUUCAGGUCGAAGAAGACAUACUUCGACAACGUCAAGGAGAGGUUGGGGUCGAAGAUCGGCUAGAGCAGGGUAUUAAGCGAUUCGUAUGGUUGGAUCGGAUUUACGCUAGUAGUACAUUUUACAUGGAGCGCGCGUUCUUUCAAUUCCCCCCCCCCCCCCUUCCCAGCGCGAACAUAUCUUCCACUAGUGUAACAAUAUUGAGUCUGGACUCGUCUCUAUGUCGUGAAAGCGUUUUUUCUUGUUUGAAAAUAUUUAUGAUGUCAUCCCUGCUCUUUCCGAUCCCGAAGUCAAAAACCCCUUUUGAAUUCUUUUUCCCGGUCCUGGCAACCCCCGGGAUCUCCAUCUCCAGCUCAGGAACAUACCCGGGACACUCUUUCCGUGACACUGAAUGUAACAUACUCGACGCGCGCGCAACGCCCAAUUAAUCAGCAUUCUUUUUUUGUUUUCCCUGCCCGAGCCGGUCGGAGGAUAAGACAACCCAUGCGUUCACAUAUGACGCGAACCUUUGAUUACUGUAACUGGUUCUCCUCGAAGAAAAAGAUUCACAUGCGCAAGUG